GGCGCUUCUGUACGGUGUCAACAACGACUCGCACGGCAGCAGUGGUGGGCAGCAGCCAACAGACCGAACAGAUUCAAACUGGUGCCGCCAGGAUUUUUUGUGUGCAGGGCUGGAGCCAUGGAGCCGAACCAGCCUCCCAAGACACGACUGUACGAAGUAGGAUCUCUGGAUCCAAAGGACGAGCUAGAAGAGAAGCUGGAACGUUGCCAUGAGACCUACACGGCGCUGGUGGCCGGACUUUCCGACAGAGAAGCUCACGACGCCCUGAACGCGAUGGUGUGCAAAGGAAUGCAGGAACAUGAAGAGAUCACCAUGGGCCUGCUGUACAGUAUACUGGUGGAGUCUACUAGUGCUCAAAAGUCUCUGAGUGACCUGACGUUUAUCACAAGGGACGGACUGGGCCUGGUACUGGUUAAACUGAACCAACUCAUCACAGACCACUUCUCCAAACUACUGGAGUCUGUUAGAACACAGGUGCUUUGGUUGACUCGAGAACUGAUCAAGACGUCCGUAGCAGGAACUGAUGGCAUCUGUCUGUCACUACUCAAACAGAUCAUCGGAGGAGACGUGUCUCAGAAGAACGUGUGGCUUGCGGAGGCCGUGCUCGAUGUUCUCGCCGAUAACAGACCAUGGUUAGACAAACACCCCGUGUUGGUGUCCAUCUCUGUCUACACAUACCUACGACUGGUGGAGGACCACGGAGGUCAGGGGUUGGCCGGGAUCAGGCAAAAAGAAGUGGACUUUUGCGUGACGCUUCUUCGAGAAAAGUGGACAGACUGCGCCGUGAUUGGUCGGGAUCUGAUCCGCCUGCUACAGCACGUUGCCCGCAUACCGGAAUUCGAGCGCCUGUGGCGAGACAUGAUCACAAACCCACAGACACUCAGUCAUCAAUUUACUGGCCUUUCCCAGCUGAUGACGUUGCGAACGUCCCGUAAGUUCCUGGCGUGCCGGCUGACUCCAGAGAUGGAGAACAAACUGCACUUCAUCACGUCUAAGGUUCGAUUUGGUCAACAACAGAGAUACCAAGACUGGUUCCAGAGACAGUACUUGAGUACCCCAGAGAGCCAGUCACUACGCUGCGACCUGAUUCGUUACAUCUGUGGCGUCAUCCAUCCCUCCAACGAGAUCCUGUGCUCCGACAUCGUCCCACGCUGGGCUCUCAUUGGCUGGCUGCUCAUGUCCUGCAAGUCCAAUGUUGCAGCAUCCAACGCCAAACUGUCGCUGUUCUACGAUUGGCUGUUCUACCAGCCUGACAAGGACAGCAUCAUGAAUAUAGAACCUGCCAUUUUAGUGAUGCACCACUCUCUACGCUCCCAUCCACACAUAACAGCCACACUUCUGGACUUCCUAUGUCGGAUCAUUCCAAACUUCUUCCCCCCUUACGAAGCCCAAGUGAGACAAGGGAUUCACACCUCCUUGAGGCAGAUCUUGGAGAAAAGGGUUCUACCGUCGCUGUCUCCGUUGUUUGACAACCCCAAGCUUGACAAGGACCUGAGAGUCAUGAUCAGAGACAAGUUUUCUGAGUUCUGUACAACAACCGCGACAUCAGCAACCAAAGUUCCGGUGGAAGAACCACUACUGGUCAAACCAGAGGUCGUUCUCAUCAGUUCUGAUAACGACAAGAACAACGACAGAGAGUACGUCGGAGAGGUGGCGUUCAGCGAUGACGAAGAGGAGGAAAUUGGGGGCAAGGUACACUGGAAGUUCCGGCCAAUCAAAGAAGUGGACGAGUCGACCGUGGACAUCUCGGACUCGCUGAGACAACUGGCACGGGACAGCGAACUGCGGGACCUCGUGGUACAACUACAGGCGGACAGUGAUAUUUCCCAAGACACAGAAGCCCAAUGUGAAGUGGUGGACAAAAUUGUGGAGACCAUCUUACAAAUGGAGGAUUUUGAGAGUGAAGUUGCCUCGCCUCUCGCUGACUGUCUGUCGGAGCUGUUCAGGAAACAACUGUCGGGGAAGGUUUUACCGGCCGAAGCUACGCAAGAGUCCAUUCUUGAAUCAAUUGAAAAGCCGGUCUACGUUAUCUUUAGAAACCUGUGUCAGAUGUCGGAGGACUCAUACCCAAGCGUGGAAAUCCUAUACACACUGAUGGACAAGUUGUACCAGCGUCAGCCGAGGCUGGGGUACCACUUGCUGUACUAUCUGUCUGUCAGUAAGGUGACUGAAGACAAGGCCAGAGUGUACGAGGACUUCAGUGACCACACCCAACUCAGAGAUCUGGAAACUUGUUUGAUGAUGGACAUUAAGGAAUGCCAAGACAAUGAUAUUUCCCUACUGUGUUACCUGGUGCCCUUUGUCUACACACAGUUCCCCAAUGUCUCUGUCGGAAACACAGAACUUCUGAACCUAAUUGUUGCAGUCAUCGAUCCAGCUCAGUUACAAGAGCUGGUAUUCCAAGUCAUGCUGGGGAACCUGACUACAUUUAGAAAAGAGUCUGUGGCAAAUGUUCUUUUGUCGAGUCUGAACUGGGAGAGUUUUGAGCAGUACGCCGUCUGGCAGCUGUUUUUGGCACAUGACAUCCCUGUAGAGGCUGUACUUCCUAUCCUACAGAAGGCUAACUAUAAAGACCAUUCAGAGGCCCUGACCAACACUUUAUUAAUGCUGAAAGUAGAAAGACCAACGUUGGAGAUGGUACGGUACGUGAUGAUUCGCGACUGCAGCGAGCAGGACCACUUCACCACGUGUAUCCUGCGCCAGUGGUCGCUGGACCAUGAGGAGAGGCUGGCAGACCUGGUCAAGUCCAUGGUCUUCAAGUUCAGCAGCAGUACCCCCACCAGGAAGAGCAAAAGAAGUACGAGUAGUCGCCAGCCGACCCCGACGACCCACCAGGUACUUGGACACCUGGAUAACCUGCGGCAGGUGUGCACACCAAGACAGACAUUUUUUGGCCAGGAAGCCCUCCUACAGGCCCUCCAACACAUCCAGCAGAGCUGUAGCGACAUGCUGAAAACUAAGUACAGUGAUCUGUUUGCCCUGGCAGAAGAUUUUGAGGAUUCCACCCGACCGACCAGACAGAAGACCAGGAAAGUCUCCAACACCAGUCCAAAACCCACUAAGAGAACAGCUCCGAGGGAACCAGACUCUUCUUCAGAGAGUGAGACGGAGGAAGUCAGAUCCAAACCUCCCAAGAAGAAAAAGAAGUCUUCAGCCACAGUAGCAUCAGACAGCGAUUGAUUAAAUAAUCUCUUUUUGCUAUCCCACUUCUUCUAAACUUUCCAAAAUAUUUGAUGUCAUCAUUCUUCUCAAACCAGCAAAACGAGAAUAGGGCCUUUAUUGUUAAACUCAUCAACAUUUGUAUGGAGAAAACCGUAUAUAUUGUACAUACCGGUUGUGUAUAUGUUACUUUUUGAUACUGAUACCUUUGUGAAGGCCAUGUAGAUAGAUGUAGGACGAUUUCACUAAUGUGUAACAUUGUAUGGUUGAAAUCUUCAUUGUACAAAUAGGAAAUUAAAAUAAAGAUGUAGUACCAGA